AUGCUUUGUCCAUCUAUCAAGACUUUGGCCUUAGCUGCCAGUAUUCUGCCGCAGCUUGCCCAAUCAGCCGGUUUAGACACUGCUGCUGUUGCUCUCGGGAAAUUAUACUUUGGGACUGCGACCGAUAACUCGGAGCUGACAGACACUGCCUAUGAAACGCAACUGAAUAACACGCAAGACUUUGGUCAGAUCACACCUGGAAACUCUCAAAAGUGGGACGCAACCGAGCCAACGCAGAAUACCUUCACUUUUACCAAAGGCGAUGUGAUUGCCGAUCUGGCAGAGGCUAAUGGCCAGAAACUGCGAUGCCAUAACCUUGUGUGGUAUGAGCAAUUACCAAGUUGGGUUACGAGCGGCACUUGGACCAAUGCGACCCUGCUCGCUGCAAUGAAAAAUCAUAUCACAAACGUAGCCACUCACUACAAGGGUCAAUGCUAUGCUUGGGACGUUGUGAACGAAGCCCUCAACGACGACGGAACUUACCGCGACAACGUGUUCUACCAAUACAUAGGCGAGGCCUAUAUUCCCAUCGCAUUUGCAACGGCAGCAGCAGCCGACCCAGAUGCCAAACUCUACUACAAUGACUACAACAUCGAGUCUGCGGGUAGCAAAUCCACUGCCGCCCAGAACAUCGUCAAGCUAGUUCAAUCUUACGGCGCCAAGAUCGAUGGUGUAGGUUUACAAGCCCACUUUAUCGUUGGGAGCACCCCCAGUAAGAGUAGCCAGGCAAGCAACAUGGCCGCGUUCACCGCUCUGGGUGUCGAAGUCGCAAUCACGGAACUGGAUAUCCGAAUGACUCUCCCGGAGACAGAUGCACUGCUCGCUCAGCAGAAGACAGAUUACUCUAAUACCGUUGCGGCCUGUGCGGCUACUAGUGGCUGUGUGGGCAUAACGAUUUGGGAUUGGACGGAUAAGUACUCUUGGGUUCCUAGUACCUUCUCCGGCCAGGGUGGUGCUUGUCCGUGGGACGAAGAGUUUGUGAAGAAGCCUGCUUAUACGGGAAUUUUGACUGCGCUGGGUGGAACUGCGACUGGAACGGCCACGUACACUGCUAGCAGUACUACUACUAGCUCGGGUUCAAGUGCAACAGGUGUGCAGGCGUAUGGACAAUGUGGCGGUGAGAACUGGACUGGAGGAACAACUUGUGUGAGUGGGUACACGUGUACGUACUAUAAUGAUUGGUACUCGCAGUGUGUAUAA